AAAGGUUUUAACAAUCUCUUUUUCGAAGUCCAUACAUUGCAAAUCCAGCCGCGUUACCAUACUAGAGGAAAUGAAAAAAUGCUUCGGUUUGAGAGGACGAGUCCUUUAUUUCCCUUACUGGAUACGUUUCAUGUGUUUUCCCCAACACUCAGGCUUAAGGACAUGCCUUCUGAAACCCAAACACACGCAUAGCUCGCACCCUCACAUACACACGGACAGAUAAGAUAUGUAUUAGAUCCUGACACAUACGGGGUGGGGGGAAGAGCAGGGGAGAGAGAGAGAGGGAGAGAGAGAGAGAGAUCCUCCUACCUGGAGCCAUAGAUUGCAAGAUACGUAGUGUUACCUGGGGAAGUCAGAACAAGUAAAAACACAUUGAACUUCAGGGCUCUAUGAGGCAGUUGAUCAAGAUCAGUGCUUGCUCAUUUUCUCCCUCAGACUGUCUGUCUUGGGUUUUUGUUUUACCAUUUUGAGCAGCUCUUUCUAUUUUUGCCUCCCUCUGGAGCCUUCAUAUUGGAGCCGGUUUCGCUCACCAUGGCUCUGGGAAGAGCUGCUUAUCUGCACGGUGUUGAUUUUUUACAGUUCGGCCGGCCCUGCUCCCGGGUAGCUUCAGCAAUACUCCUGACUGGGAUUUAAUCGACAAGAUCAGUUCGGCUUUUCGUGCAGUUUUUAUGGCUCAGUCCAUUCUCUAGAUCAUGCACAGAAACUUUCGCAAGUGGAUUUUCUACGUGUUUCUAUGCUUUGGAGUCAUCUAUGUCAAAUUAGGAGCUUUGUCAUCUGUUGUGGCUUUAGGAGCUAAUAUCAUCUGCAACAAAAUCCCAGGCCUGGCCCCUCGGCAGCGAGCAAUCUGCCAGAGCCGCCCCGAUGCCAUCAUUGUGAUUGGGGAAGGGGCACAAAUGGGAAUCAAUGAGUGCCAGUACCAGUUUCGGUACGGGAGGUGGAACUGCUCUGCGCUUGGAGAGAAAACAGUCUUUGGACAAGAGCUUCGAGUAGGAAGCAGGGAAGCUGCGUUCACCUAUGCCAUUACUGCUGCUGGCGUUGCACAUGCUGUCACGGCCGCCUGCAGCCAGGGCAACCUCAGCAAUUGUGGCUGUGACCGAGAGAAACAGGGCUACUACAACCAAGAGGAGGGCUGGAAGUGGGGAGGCUGCUCUGCGGAUAUCAGAUAUGGCAUUGAGUUCUCCCGGAGGUUUGUUGAUGCCCGAGAAAUCAAAAAGAAUGCACGGAGGCUGAUGAACUUGCACAACAAUGAGGCUGGAAGAAAGGUUCUUGAAGAGAGAAUGAAAUUAGAGUGCAAGUGUCAUGGAGUUUCAGGUUCCUGUACAACUAAGACCUGCUGGACCACGCUUCCUAAAUUCAGGGAGAUUGGAUAUAUUUUGAAAGAGAAAUACAAUGCUGCAGUGCAAGUGGAGGUGGUACGAGCCAGUAGACUAAGACAGCCAACCUUCCUGAAGAUCAAGCAGAUUAAGAGUUACCAGAAACCCAUGGAAACAGAUUUAGUGUAUAUCGAAAAGUCACCUAACUACUGUGAGGAAGAUGCUUCCACAGGGAGUGUCGGUACCCAGGGACGACUCUGCAACCGUACCUCACCCAAUGCGGAUGGGUGUGACAUGAUGUGCUGCGGAAGAGGGUACAACACACACCAGUACACCAAGGUGUGGCAAUGUAAUUGCAAAUUCCACUGGUGCUGCUUUGUGAAGUGCAACACGUGUAGUGAGCGGACAGAGGUGUUCACCUGCAAAUAAUGGUGUCAUGUGCAAACAAACAGAACCAAUCACCACGAGUGAAGAAAGUGGAGUACAACCAACGACGACAGCAUCAUUUUGCACAUCUAAUCUUCUUCGGGAAAAAAACCCCAAACACCACCACAACAACCACUCCCUCCCCACUACUUACACUUCAAAGGAUGGUGCAUUUUUGCUGGCUGGCUGUUGUAACUGCUUUGGAAACAAGGGCAACAGGAUUAAGGUGAUGUUGACAAACACAUGAAACUUUUUUUUUAAACUACAAUCUGGGUGUUGCAGAUUUUCGUGUGUUUUAAGUUAUACAUAUCAGAGAAGCUGAUCACAUUGCAGCUCCCAUGAAAUUUAAAAGAAAAAGACUCUUUCUCCUAUUUUACAACAACAAAACCACCAAGCCCUGUGCAAAUAAAGACCUUUUUUUUUUUCUUUUUUUUUUUUUUGUUUUUAAAGUAAAUGAAAUCUUCACUGACUAGAACACCGCAGACUUGCUGCAAAAUCCUAAAUUUCUACGAAAGCAGGUAAAGAGAAAACAGCUGGUAGGGAGACAAAAUCUGUGGCGGAAAUACUCCACUAUCAGUUUGGAAAAAAUAACAUUCACAAAAUUACAUCAGCUGCCAGUGACACUGGAACUCUUUGAAUGAACAUUAAAAAUAAUUAUUUAUGUUUUUAAUAGUAUCAAAAAAUUCUAAGCACUAACGGGUAGCUAUGUCUUAAUUCUGUACUAAAUGUAAACUUAUUGGAACUCUGACUAUGACUUUCGUAUUUGGUUCUCCCUAAGUUCUUCAAUGCUACUGAUCUCUUGUCACUCCACUAUUAGAGUUCAAUUACUGUAGGCCUUAAGCAAUUACCAGAAUUGAGCAGAAAGAUCAUGCGAAACUGUGGUUACAAAUGCUUGAUAAAGACUUUUCCCACUUGCCUCCUGAUUAAGAAUGACUCUUUUUAGACUCAGGCUUGAGGCAUGGAGCACCUGCUCUCAGCUCCUUGUAGGGAGUUUUAGGAUACAAAGACAUGCUUCGACAAAUAUCAAAGGUUUUGCUUUGCUGUUAAAUGCACUGGCAGAAUCUUUCAAGCAUUGUGUUUUGCCUUUACUGGUUGAAAGUUAAUAUUACCAGUAGCUUUAAGUAACUUAUGCUCAGUAUGAACUGAGAAGUUAAUAAAAAUAUGGUAGCUAAGCUCUACGUUGCUGCAACCUGUGAGCUGUGGUGGCUUCAUGAACAUGAGAAAGCUAAAAUAUGGGUUCGUCUGUGUUGUUGUUAUUCUAAGGUUGGAAAUAACGUACCCCGUGGUAAAUACAUGAAUGUUAAGGAAGAAACUGACUUUUUACACCAGCACUCAAUUCUAAUUUACACACCUUUUCCCUAUGAGAGAUUUAAAGAAAGUCCUCAGAUAAUUUACUACUGUAAAAUCUAGUGUUUGUAAACCCAAGAGUCAGAUAUGCCCACUUAUAACACAGUGCAUUUAAGCACAUAAAUGUUUGCUUGUAGCAAGGGUCCCUUCCUGAUUUUCUGAAAACUGGGAUUAAAAAUUUCCUAACAUCUGCAUAUCUGCAUUUCUAGAUUUUGUUUCAUUUUAUUACUUUUAUUGAGGGGCUGCGCAGCCAUGGGCCCUCCCCACUUGACAUGGAAGCACUUGCCACACCACAUGGUGCCCUUGGGGCAAGGGGCUGGUGGAGCUACUGCUCCACCAGCUCCCAUGCUGGAUAUGUGAAUGAGCCAGGAUUACCUCCAUAUUUUAUGGGCCUGCAUUAUCAAAGGUAACUAAAUACUUGGGGACCUUCAUUGAAACACUCAUGAAGACCUGUCUUUCUGACCCCAAGCACUUACCCUCUGAAAAUCAGAGCCCUUUGAUGAGCCUGCCAUGGAGCAAUCCAAAGUUGAAAAGCUCAUUUUUUAUAUUGUUGCUGUUGGUUUCUAAAUGCCAACCAUGAUGUGAACAACCCCAUAGAAGUCAACAGGGGCCCCCCAAAAUGCUAGAGUCACUCCAUAUAAUUUAAGUCCCUUUGAUUCAUGGGUAUUGUUGUUGAAUAAUAGUGAUAUACUGUACUUUCACUACAUUCUUGACAGGAAGCAAAUAAAGCUCCCAAGCACAGUAAUGCACAGUCUUAUGGUACUAGAUACUGUAAAUAUAUUAGAAUAGUAUUUGUUAAGUACAAUUGAGGAAUCCAAUUAAGUUAUAUUAUUGUAUAUCGUUUAAAUGUCUAUAGAGUAUUUUAAAUUAUUGUGAACUACACUGCGUUAAAAAAAAAAGGUUAUAUAUUAUAACACCAACCACUCCGAAAAGUGGACCAAAGUGACACUUUCUUUUUUUUUACAUACCCCAAUUUCAAAUAGCUUUGUCAGCUACUGAAACAUCAUGAUAACAGUCCUACGACUGGAUUAGCUGUCUAGAAUUUGAUGUUUCAGAGCACCCUAUACAAUUUUUGUUUUUGUGGGUACUGUACGGCACAAAGCAGGGGAUGACCAUGGGAAUGCACGGACUUGGAACUUUGUCCCAGGAAAAAACAGGUUUGGUCAGAAAACACCAUUACCACUAAUGUACUGAAACAUCCCCCUCCCCCCCAAAUGGCAACCUUUUAAUGAAGGUGUCUAUGAACAGAAGUGGGUUACACACAGCUUUUAUUUUAAAAGAUGUAGUUUGAUGUCAAAGAACUGUGACAAUAGAGGUUUGAAUGCAACCAGCAACACAACAUGGUUUAACCACACUUUAGCCAUGACAAAACUCAUAAGACUGUAUGUUAUUAAAGAAUUUAAGAGCAAAGAUCAAUUUGUUUACUAUGUUAAUGUUUUAUGGCAAGCAGAAAACAAAAGAUAAAAUGUGUGUCCAUUAAAACUUACUUUAUUCCCCUUCUA